CAUGGAAAAGAAGUCCUCAGUGAGCAUCUUUUAUCUUAGCCUUCUUGCUUGCGUCGCAUCCCUGGUAUGACCCUGUUCAGUCCAAGAUAACCUUCCUUACUUUUGCAUCCCUGCUGCUUUAUGUGGCUUGCCUCCAAUCUUCACAUUAAUCCACAUUAAGACACGAGCAUGAGUGGAGAACUCAAGUCAAGUCGCUCCAGGGCUCCGAGCAAACGGCCCAGCAACACUACUUACAGCACUGAGAUGGACCUGGACUAUGACAGCUACGAGGACUACUAUGACAGGGCGUAUGACUACCAACGUGUCCCAGCAUCCAUGUCUCCUCUGCACUCAAUGGGACCCAGCCUGUCCAAACGCUCCCGUUCCUCCUCCUACUUGUCUUCGAAGCAGAGACGCAGUCGAGACAGGUCCCACUCCAAAAGCUGCAGAACCCACUCCACUAGUUCCUCCACUUCCAAGUUGGGUACGGAGGAGUUGCAGGUGAUUAAAAAGGAACUGACUAUGAUCAAGACACAGAUCGAUGGACUCCUUGACAGCCUUGACAGGAUGGACACACACAAGAAUGACCACAAAGAGUCCCUUUUACGAGAGGAAAGCCCGGGAUGCUCGCUGUAUUCCAGCAGUCCAGAACAUUCCCUCUCAUCCCUCUCCCCACCCAGCUCCCGCCAUCGAAUCCACAGGGAGAGUUCUGUUCAAAGGGGUCCUGAUGAUGAGCAUCACGUGGUAAAUUCAAUGAGCAAUCACAACUCGGACCCCGAAGAGGAAAUAUGAGGCUUGAAGAAGACAUCAUGACAUGAAUGAAGUGCCAAAUGUGUGAGGACAACAGCAGCAAACUAUCAAGCCAACAUCUUUAUUCUAAGCGCCACUGGGAGUGCACAUAUCAAGUGGAACUGUAAAAUUGACUACCGUUUGUGUUCUGUAUCUGCAAUUGUAGUGAGGAAAAAAACGUAACACAAAUGAAAAUUUGCUCUCACACCACGUAUUCAUACACCGUCCAGCAGGAAAGAGUUAAAUCUUAUUACCAGAGUAGUAGAAAAGGACAUCUGGAGGCAGCCGUAUGCAUUCCAAUUGUACUGUAGUGUAUUUGCAUGAACAGAGGCUCCUGCAAUAAUUUAAAUAUUGCAGUGUUUAGCAGGUUAUCCAGAUGACAAAUUGGGCUGCCCUGAUGUGAACAUUAUGUAGUCAUUUCUGUUCAUUACAGAGCUGAAUAUGACAUGUGAGGGUUAUUACAUCGUUAUUCAUGUAGAGUAUUACUAAAAGUGCGAGCAUGUUCAUUGUCUAAUCAAAAACAUGCUUUAGAAGGGAUAUAAUUUUACAGUCUACGUCACAGAAUGAUGAGUUCUGAAUAAGCAUAGGCUGUUGAAACAAUGUGCACACCUCAAUAACAGUAAAUCUUAGUAUUCUUAGUAUUUUCAGAAUGCAGUAUGUAAUGUUUACACGGAAAUCAAACCUGUCACUCCAUACGUUUAGGAUAUCAAACACACUGUACAAUUAUAAAUAUGAAUCAGUUAUUCUGCAUUUGACCAAGAAAGAGGGGGCAGUUGUAUAAUUAUGUAUGUGUUAGUAUGCUAUUAUAGUACUUUUAAAGAAUUAGAAUGCUACAACUCUGUACAACCUUGAUGUUGGCAUUAAGGUGUGCCAAGACCAGAUUGGCGUGUAGUGGUGUGCAUUAUUGUAAACUUAACUGUAAGUGUCAGCUGUUUGAUUUCACUUCUUUUUUUUUUUUUUUUUUUUCAAAAGAGACCUACAAAACAAAAGUAUUAUUAUAAGUCAUUUGGUGUUUCAUGUUUUUGUUGGCUUUCCUGAAAUGGCCCAAGUGGAAAUACUCAUUGUCACUAGUAAAGGUAUUUUCAUAUUGACCCCACA